AUGGGAAACUGUCCAUCACGGAGGGAUGGCUCUGCACGAAGAAAAGCACGCGGAAAAGCCUCCAAGAAAAAGAACGCUCUUCGAGGAAUGGAAGAUAUAAGCGAGGCGUCGGAUCAGGCUCGUUUUGUAGAACAAAAGAGGCGCUCCUCGAGUGCAGUGGACAAGGAAACAGCCAGUCUCUGCAGUCAACAACAGAACAAUGUAAAAGGCAAGCCAAAGAGGAGUAGACCUGCAACAGGACAGAUCGUCCAUGGAUUAUAUAAAAUCACAUUGGGGAGUUUUGCCGCAGAGGAGCCGCCUGUGGGAUUCCGGGAACUCAAUGUGCAAGUCUGGGUGCCAAAAGCGAGGGGUGCAGACUUGGUCUAUUUGACAAUCCCGGACAAGGGAAUCACCGUGGGAGAGAUCAAGAGGAUGAUCCGCGAGGAAGCAAUCCCAAUUUUGAUGCAGAAAAAUGCAGGCAUUAGUUUUGGAGGGACACAUUUGUUUCUGGCGGAAGAAAAAACGGGGGAAUUUUCUCCAGUCAACUGGAGCGAUUCCUUGCCGGACGGUUCGUUCUUUUGGGAGGAAUACAGCGACCGUCUUGCCUUGAAUCGAUACGCUCAACACAACGUCUUUCAGGGUGUGUACUGCUAUGUGGAUUACCAGAUCAAUAUACAAGUCAUCAAAAGUCCUUCGGGGUACAUCCCAGUGCUUGCCA